CUACCCACCCUGACAGCUCCCAAUAAACCCACCACUCCCAUUCAUCUCCACCUCUUCACCCCACCUCCACCAUCUCUCACCCUCCCUCGCUCAGUCGUUUUCCUCCGCUUCUCUUGCCGGACAGCUUCGUGAGGUAAAAAAAAAAAACAAAAAAAACCUGCUUACUUGAAUUGUGGUUUGCGCGCCAGUGCGGAAUACAGUGCCGUGAUUUUUACCAGGGCAUCACUGUUUACACCAUUUUAGUUAUUUUUCAGAAGACUUCCUGCCAUCUAUUUAGACUGAUCUCUCCAAAGAAAAGUGUCCUCUAUGUGGUUUCAGUCCGCUUCCAGUUGCACUUGAUCCCAGCGGGAAGCUGAAGAGGAGAUAAAAUGACGAUCCACGUCGAGGGUCUCAUAGCCAUCGUGCUCUUUUAUGUCCUGAUCCUGUUCGUGGGGAUCUGGGCCGCUUGGAAGAACAAGAACUCUGGAGUCGGUGAAGGCGGAGACCGGAGCGAGAGAAUUAUGGUCGGGGGAAGGGACAUUGGGUUGUUCGUGGGGGGAUUCACAAUGACUGCCACCUGGGUGGGUGGGGGCUACAUUAAUGGAACAGCAGAGUAUGUCUACCUGCCAGACUACGGUCUGGCCUGGGCUCAGGCACCGUUUGGUUAUGCUCUCAGCUUGGUAUUAGGUGGCCUUUUCUUUGCCAAACCAAUGCGGUCACGUGGAUAUGUCACAAUGCUGGACCCUUUCCAGCAGAUUUAUGGAGAAAGGAUGGGGGGACUGCUUUUCAUUCCUGCACUGAUGGGAGAAAUCUUCUGGUCUGCUGCCAUCCUGUCUGCCUUGGGUGCCACUCUCAGUGUGAUCGUGGACAUAAACAUCAACAUGUCUGUGGUGAUCUCAGCCCUCAUAGCUAUCUUUUACACACUCGUUGGAGGACUCUACUCUGUCGCAUACACAGAUGUUGUUCAGCUCUUCUGCAUUUUUUUGGGCUUGUGGGUCAGUGUGCCUUUUGCCCUUUCCAAUCCUGCUGUGUCAGACAUUGGCGUUUCAGCCAAGGAAGAAGUCUAUCAGUCACCAUGGCUGGGCCAGAUUAAGCCUGAAGACAAUUGGCUUUGGGCAGACAACUUCUUUUUGCUGAUGUUGGGAGGGAUUCCCUGGCAGGUCUACUUUCAGCGGGUUCUUUCUGCCUCUUCAGCUACCUAUGCUCAGGUUCUCUCUGUCCUUGCUGCCUUCGGCUGCUUGGUCAUGGCUGUCCCAUCCGUUCUCAUAGGAGCUAUUGGGGCUUCCACUGACUGGAACCAAACAACUUAUGGUUCCCUCGCUCCAAAGGACAAGGAUGAAUCCGACAUGAUCCUUCCCAUAGUGCUUCAGCACCUCUGCCCACCCUACAUCUCCUUCUUCGGACUAGGAGCGGUGUCGGCAGCCGUGAUGUCAUCAGCAGACUCAUCCAUACUGUCGGCCAGCUCCAUGUUUGCUAGGAACAUUUAUAAGCUCGCCUUUCGACAGUCGGCUUCGGACGGUGAGAUCGUUUGGGUGAUGCGCAUCACCAUCUUUGUGUUUGGAGCUCUUGCUACAGCAAUGGCACUAUUAACUGGAUCUGUAUAUGGCCUUUGGUACUUAAGCUCUGACCUUGUCUACGUCAUCAUCUUCCCCCAACUUCUCAGUGUGUUAUUUGUCAAGGGCACCAACACCUAUGGCUCCAUGGCAGCGUAUAUCUUUGGGCUCUUGCUGCGCAUUGGUGGAGGGGAGCCUUACCUAAAACUGCCUCCAUUCAUCUAUUACCCCGGCUGGGUGACAGUGGAGAGAGUUCACCAUCUCACUGGAGAUGUAGAGUUCUUCGUCCAGCAGAGGUUCCCCUUCAAAUCCGUGUCCAUGGUGGCAUCUUUCUUAGCAAAUGUGGUCUUCUCCUACCUGACAAAGUAUUUAUUUGAAAGUGGCAUGCUGUCUCACAAGUACGACUUCCUGGAUGCGGUCGUGUCCAAGCAUAGCAAAGAGAUCAUGGAUAAGGCCACGCUGGUAAGCAAUCAUGAUAACAUUAUUCUUUCAGAGAUGGCUCCGGUCAGGCAAACCCUGGGAGCUGCGCUUGCUGGGACCUUCACCAACACUGAGGUCCUGAGCGACGAUGACGUGUCAAGUCCGGAGUCUUUUCACAGUGAGAAGUAGACAACAAAUCGCACAAAGAAAACUUGAGCCGAGGAAUGUGAAAGGGGAAGAAAGAAUCAAAAGGUCAGGAAACUUGUUACUGCCACACUGUGAGCCAGAUCAGCAGAAACCUUCUGUGGCUUCCAAGUGACUCCACAAGUUUUGUCGGUGAACUGGUGCCUCUUCCAUUUGUUUAUAUUUCUUCCCUAGAAAGUACAAAGCUCACAAUUAUGUUUGUUUUGCCGACCAUGGCUCUGUGAAUUUACAACCAUUUUCAUUUUAACUGCUGCUACUGAGGUCAAUGCUAUGACUUAGGGAAACAGUUGUGAAGAAUAGUUGUGUAGAAAAAAUAAUUGGUUGCUGGGUCAGAGAAAAGAGCAUUAGGACUAAGAAGCAGUGUUUAUGUCUGGUUGUCUAAGUUCAGGUUAUGAAUGUUGAUGCAUAUACAGUGCCUUACAAAAUUAUUGUUAUUUUCCCCUUGAACCUUUCCACAUUCGGUCAUGUUACACAAAAACAUCAGUGUAUAUUUUAAGAUUUUAUAUGAUAGACUUACAGAAAGUUGUAGGUCAGGACGGAAAAUGAUCCCUCCUCCCAUCCAUCCAAAGUCCUUAUGCGCUUAUCCGUGCAUCUGUUCCAUACCUUGUAGAAACAUAUUUUGCUGCUGCUGCUGCGGUACAUCUCCUCUAGCAAAUUUACACACUGGAAAUUUGGCCGUUCUUUGCUCCUUAGGUAACUUCUGAAGUCAAUUGGUUGCACUUAUUUAGGGGUGGCUGAAUACAAAUGCAUGCCCUACAUCUCAGAUUUAUAUUUGUAAAAAAGUUUAAAAAAACAUGUAUGAUUUCCUAUCUACUUCACAAUUAUGCACUACUUUGUUUCGGUCUAUCACAUUAAAUCCUAGUAAUAUACAAUGUGGUCUGUUGUUGGAACCAAACAAAAUCUCAAAGGUUCAGGGAAAUACGAACAUUUUUGCAAGGCACUGUAUGUAUGCCUGUGAACAAAGCAGCUUUAGAUGAAUGGUCCAGGAUGACCUUUUAGAGUUUGCCUAGGAAGUUAUUUUUAU